UCAAGUGCUGUGUACGGUGUGUCGUCUGAACAUUCUCGCCUUCAUUGUGUCAAGCGUGAUAUCCUUACAACUGAUAGAGAAAAAUACUUAGUGUGCUCCUAAAAGUAUCCUGAUUGUGUGAAAACAUAAAAGUUGAUCAUGAAAAUAAUUAUUAGUUUGUUGAUCACCUUGUUGCUCGAUGUCACACUGGCGCGACCUCAGGGCCCCACCACCGAACCCAUUCCCAUAAUAAGACAAGAGCAAGAGGUCAAUUUCGAUGGCUCAUACAAGUUUUCGUACGAGACCGGCAACGGCAUACAAGCCGAUGAGGAGGGCUACUUGAAGAAUGCCGGCUCCGAAGCCGAAGGAACGUCGGCGCAAGGCUCUUUCUCGUACACCUCACCUGAAGGUGUGCCCAUACGCAUCACCUAUUUGGCCGAUGAGAACGGUUUCCAACCGCAAGGCGAUCAUCUGCCCACUCCACCACCGAUUCCACCAGCCAUACAGAAGGCGCUCGCUUACUUGGCCACCGCGCCACCACCGCAGGAUCAGAGCAACCAAUUUGCGGGCAAUCGAAGAGGUUAGAGCGCGUGAGGGGAAAUAGAACAAUAAUAACAACAACAAAGCUGUGAAUUUAAACUGCAGUAUGCAACACCUAUGAUUAGCACAACACACACACAUACAUACGCGGGAGAAGACAACGGCACACACGUCUGUAGAAAUUUGGAGCCAGAAAUUUGAAGAGACAGCGCAGCGAAUAUAUAAGAAUUUUGAGGGAAAGCCAAUCUGCCUGAAUAAUGUACGCUGCUUUACUUUAUACGACAAUACUCUUCUUACAAAAUAUACCUACAUGUU